AUGGCCUCCAAAGAUACCAUCCAGCAACUAAUCAACCGCCGAAAUGAGCUUCUCCAGAAAGCUUCUGAAACACGCAACGUCAAUGACUUGAUCAAAUGGUACUCGAAAGAUGCGACGUUCUGCAAUGUCUACCAGAACCUCACCAUAACCGGCACACAAGCCCUCCGAGAGUUCUACACCUCCGCCUACACCGCCAUCCCAACGUUCAAAAUUACUUCCGCAGUCAGCACGGGUACGGCGGAAUUUGUCGCUUCGGAGUUGGAUUGUCAAGGCAUGGCUGGGGUUGCUCUUCCGCAGAUGGGUAUCCAGAAGGGCGCGAGUUUCAAGUUGAAGGGAGUUUCGCUUUUCUGGUGGAGAUGGGAUGGUGAAGGGGAGGAAUGGGGUGGUGGGCUGGAUGAAGAGAGUGUGAAGGGGUGGAAGAUUGUGAGGGAGAAUGCUUAUCAUCAGGUAGUUGAGUAG